AUGAGCUCAAGACCGCUUAAUGAGAGACUUCAGAAGCUUCAACAACUUAAGAAAAGAAAACAUGAAAGUGAAAAGAAAAACAGAGAUGAACUAUUCAAAGAGCAUAGGGAACAAUCUCUAGAGAAAGGUAAACUUAACUCAAUAAAGCAGAAACAGGAGAAAGCAAUGGAGGAGUUGGAAAAGAUAGAGACCAAAGAGUCAGGUGAAGAUUGGGAAAGAAAGAAAGGAUGGGAUUAUAGUAUUGAAGACCAUGAGAAAUGGGAUAAAAAACAACAGUUAAAGAAUGGAAAUAUUAGAAAUGGUGGGUUUUCAAAUUAUUCACAACUUGCUGAACAAUCAUAUACAAAAGAAAUUAAUAAUCUGGACAUAAAUAAAGAAGAAUAUCUUAAACAGAAAGAGAAACUCAAACAAAAAAGUAUAAAAUCAGAUGAAGAUGAUGAAGAUAGUAACUCCGAUACCAUUGAUCAAGUUGAUUUUACAAAUAAGCCAUCAAAGGAAGCCAUCGACAGAUUAGUGGGCAACUUGAAAGAAUCUGAUACACGUAAACUAAGGAGAAGAAAAGACUACGGGACAACAGAUACAUAUAGUAAGUAUAAAUUAUAUUUUCUUUUUGUUUUUUUUGACACACGAUAUACUAACAAGAUUACAACAGUUAACGAUAAGAACAAACAGUUCAAUGAGAAACUUAAUCGUCAUUAUGACAAACAUACGCCAAGCUAA